AUGAUCAAUACGGGAAAUAAUAUCAUCAUUGCUGGGAUUGCCUUCCAGGUUGCCACAAAGUCGGUGUGUGGGUUCCUAGCGUUCGACUUCUUCAUUGCAUCUAGGAAGCAUCUGCGCGAAGGUUUCCAAGGAGAAGCCGUGACUGAGAAGCCACAACAAAGAAUGUGGUUGGUAUUGGUUGCAGAUAUUGGGGCCUAUACCAAAGUUCUCAUUCGAUGUAUUUACCGUCUUCCUAAGAUGGCGGGUGGAUGGGGGAACAAAUUGAUGCGGAAUGAAAUGGAGUUUUUAGUUCUUGAUGGAAUGAUGGUUGCUCUGGCCUGUCUGGUAUUUACUGUCGUCCACCAGGCACUAUAUCUGCACACAAUGAGGACAGGACGGAGCCGUCAGUAA